GCUUUGCGACAGCAAGGGAGUCUUUACGGUUUUUCAAAUUAAUUACAUUAAGAAAAGUAAAUAAACUCUGCCUCGCCAUCUGGUAACUCUGCUGGAGCUGUAGUGACAAUGAUUCUUCGACAUCUAGUUUCAAUUGGACUUGGUCCUCGCGUGUCUUCUCCAGUGACACGUGGGCCUUUGGUAGAGCUGACCAGGUCUGCCAGUUCAGAUAUGUCUGAAUUCCGAAAGGUCUUCUCUAAAGCCAGGCACAUAGCCAUCAUUACUGGGGCGGGUGUGAGUGCAGAGAGUGGAGUGCCUACCUUUAGGGGUGCUGCGGGCUACUGGAGGAAAUGGCAAUCUCAGGACAUAGCCACCCCUGAGGCCUUCUUUCGGAACCCUUCCCUGGUGUGGGAGUUCUACCACUARCGACGAGAAGUGAUGCUGAGUAAGUCGCCCAAUAAGGCCCACCUGGCCAUUGCAGAGUGUGAGGCCCGGUUGAGGAAGCAGGGCCGCUCUGUGGUAGUCAUCACCCAGGUCAUAGAUGAUCUGCACCGCCAGGCCGGAUCCAGACAUGUCCUCAAGAUCCARGGAAGUCUGUUUGAGACGCGCUGUGUGAGCUGUGGACAUGUGGCUGUGAACCAAGGCAGCCCAAUAUGCGCUGCCCUAGAGGGGAAAGGUUCUCCUGACCCAGAUACCAGUGACGCCAAGAUUCCKCCAGAGGAGCUGCCACGGUGUGAGAAGAUUGACUGCCAUGGUCUGCUCAGGCCCAAUGUGACCUGGUUCGGGGAAACUCUGGACUCGCACGUCUUAACCAAGGUGGAGACGGUGCUGGACACCUGUGAUCUGUGUCUGGUGGUUGGCACCUCCUCCAUAGUGUACCCGGCAGCCAUGUUUGCCCCCCAGGUGGCGUCCAGGGGCGUGCCAGUAGCAGAGUUCAACAUUGAGACCACCUCUGAGACCACACGCUUCACGUACCAUUUCCAGGGCCCGUGUGGGGCCACGCUACCACUGGCGUUGGCGCGUCACGAGUCUGAAGUCGUCUGAGCGGUCAAGGGGUGGAGUCUGAUGGUGUCCGAACCUCUGGGGCUCCUCCCAUAUCCACUCCACGGCCGUUUGAUUCCAUGGUGAUUAUUCCCUUAUCCGAAAAACAUGCCUUAAGACACUUUCAAACGCGCUCCUCUUGGUGGAGGYAGCGCUGCUAUCUGCAGCAGAGGACUGAAUAGUCUUCUGGAUACUUGAUACUUAUUCGGUUAACUAAACUGGAACUGAGAUGUUAUGUGUUAUUGUCUCUUCUUGAAAGGCAGAAAAGAGUAUUCAGCUGCAAUAAGGAGAAGUAUUUCUUGAUAUAGGAUGG